AUCCUUGUUGGCGAGCUGUGCGCCUUCUUCUUCAAGGCGGAGGGAACCCAGGAGAAGACCAUCGUCACGGCGGACUGCUGCUACUUCAACCCCCUGCUGAGACGCAUCAUCCGCUUCCUAGGUGUCUACGCCUUCGGCCUGUUCACCACCGCCAUCUUCGCCAACGCCGGUCAGGUCGUGACAGGAAACCAGACGCCUCACUUCCUGUCCGCCUGCCGACCCAACUACACGGCGCUGGGCUGCCAGUCCACCAUGCAGUACAUCACGGAGCGCCGGGCCUGCACCGGCAACCCGCUGGUCGUCAUGUCCGCACGUAAAUCCUUCCCCUCGAAGGACGCGGCGCUCAGCGUCUUCUCCGCCGUGUACACAGUGAUGUACGUGACGCUGGUGUUCAAGACCAAAGGCACGCGGCUGACCAAGCCCACCAUCAGCCUCACCCUGCUCUGCAUGGCCGUGCUGGUGGGCGUGGUCCGGGUGGCCGAGUACCGAAACCACUGGGCGGACGUCCUGGCCGGAUUCUUCACUGGAGGAGCCAUCGCUGUGUUUCUGGUGACUUGUGUGAUCAACAACUUCCAGCAGCUGCAGCCCGGUCUCGCUCCUCCUCGACCCCAGCGCCCGGACUCCGUGCUGGGCAUGCCCAUGGUGACGCUUCCCUGUGUGGAGAGUCCACUUGAAAAACUCCGAGGGGAUCUCCGUUCACCGAGAUCACAUGACCAUCAGCCCUAUCGGUUCCCCGCCACUCCCGAUGUCCUCAUACCGUCUCGCUCCAUUUCCAGCGAAGUCUAG